AUGAACGAAGAUCUCAGUUUCUGUCCAUUUCAUAGACCAUUAGAAGACACUUGCGGAGGCUGCUUAGCCUUUAUCAGCUCAGCCCGCAAAAUAAAAGAAGAAGGAGACAAACUCAACAAAGACGUCGACCAUCUCAAAAAACUAAAAAAGAUCCUUAAAGUAAAGUUAGCAAACCUUGAAGGAACCUUAUACAACCUAACCAAGCAUACCCUAAUUCAAGAAGGCCAGCUUCCAAACUCCUACGUCAAAAAGCACGCUCUCAAUGAGUAUUUAUUAAAACUGCCUCUUCCUUCAAAUUUUUUCGCAAUUCUCAAAGACAAAGAACUUUCUAUGAGCUUUUUGCUGCAGGUCGGGGCUAUAGAAAGCAGAAGAUCUUGCCAUUGUGGAAGAGAUAUGGCAUUAAUACUCAGAGAUAGAGAAGAAAAAUACGAAUUCGAGUGCUACUGUGGGGCGUCUGAAAGUCUUAUAGAAAGAACUAUCUGGGAGCCAGCCCAUCUGACACAAGAAAAUAUUUUACUUUACAUUUUCUUAUGGGCAAUGAACAUGAGGGAUAAAGAAAUCAUCCAUUUAUUAGGGAUUUCUUCAUAUGACGCCAAAUACUGUGAUAUCACAUUGAGAAAAAUCAUAUCAAACUAUUACAUAAAAAACCUCCCCAAGUUCAAAGGAAUCGUAGAAAUUGAUGAGUCUUGCUUCAGAAGCAGCAAUAGCAGUACAAGCCGAAACGUCAAAUUUGGCCAAAAUUCACCAGAAAAAUGGGUGUUUGGACUAUAUGAGAGAGAGUCAAAAAGAGUUUAUAUGGAAGUCGUCCCAAAAAGAACUGCCCAGCAUUUAAUCCCAAUUAUCCAAAAACGCUGUGAAGUCGGAACUACAAUAAUUUCAGAUCAGUGGGCUGCAUAUAAUAAACUUCCUGAGUACGGUUUUCCUCAUUUUACUGUAGACCACUCAAGGUUUUUUGUGAACCCUCACAAUAGAGAAAUCCAUACCCAGCAUAUCGAAAUUUCUUGGUGUUGGGCGAAAUAUGAUAUCAAGCGCCAUCAUAGACAUCUUAAUAAUAUGCAGGAUUAUCUCAAUGUUUUUUGCUGGAAAAGACAGUUCAAGAAUAGCCAUAAAUUAAGCGAAGUUGGAGACACAAUGAAAGCACUAUUUGAAGUACUCAGUGAAUAUCAAAAAGAAGGGAAGAUUAUGGAGAAGAAGAUUGCUGAAGCGUUGCUUGUAGAGUAA